GAUUGGAAUCAUAGGAAUGGGCGACAUGGGAAAGAUGUACGCCCGGAGGCUCAGCGAUGCAGGAUGGAGGGUCAACGCUUGCGAUCAAGAAGAAAAAUAUGAGAGUCUUCGGCAGGAAUUUGCAGAUAGAAAAAAAAUCACAAUAUUCCCCAAUGGACACCUCGUCUCGAGAGCAAGCGACUAUAUCAUCUACAGUGUGGAGGCAGCAUCCAUUGAUAAGGUGGUUUCACAAUAUGGUCCAUCAACAAAACAGAAUGCUAUCGUUGGAGGGCAAACGUCUUGCAAGGCUCCAGAGAUAGCUGCAUUUGAGAAACAUCUUCCAGAAGAUGUAGAUAUUGUCUCAUGCCACUCCCUUCAUGGUCCAAAUGUUGAUCCGCGAGGGCAGCCAUUGGUUCUCAUCAAGCACAGAGCCUCUCAAGAAAAUUUUGAUAAAGUAGAACACGUCCUCUCCUGCCUGGGUUCCACACACGUCUACCUCUCUGCAGCAAAGCACGAUCGAAUCACCGCCGAUACACAGGCCGUUACGCACGCUGCUUUCCUAUCCAUGGGCAAAGCCUGGCACGCAAAUGCCCAAUUCCCCUGGGAAAUAGCCCGCUACGUGGGGGGCAUCGAGAACGUGAAAAUCAACCUCACUCUCCGUAUCUAUUCCCAGAAGUGGCACGUGUAUGCCGGCUUAGCGAUUCUAAACCCAUAUGCCAAAGAACAGAUUAGACAGUACGCACAGAGCGUCACUGAUCUGUAUAAAUUAAUGCUUGGGGGUCACAGGGCCGAGUUGGAGGAUAGAAUUAAGAAAGCGGGGGCCUCUGUGUUUGGGACGCAGAAGUGGGAGGAUGAUUUAUUACUCCAAGAUGAUGUUCUGGAUCGGUUCUCGCUGGGCAAGAAACCAGAGACGCCUCUGCCGAAUAAUCAUCUGAGUCUUCUGGCUAUGGUUGACUGUUGGUCUCAAUUGGGGAUCGUUCCAUAUGAUCAUAUGAUCUGCUCUACUCCCCUCUUCCGACUAUGGCUGGGCGUUACUGAAUAUCUGUUCCGCAAGCCGGCCUUGUUAGACGAUGUUAUUCGGAUAGCGAUUGAGGAUAUUAGUUUCAGGUCGGAUGAUCUAGAGUUCACGUUUGCGGCCAGGGGCUGGUCUGAUUGUGUCACGUUUGGAGACUUCGAGUCUUAUAGAGACCGGUUCCAGAGUACACAGAAGUUCUUUGAGAAGAGGUUUCCGGAAGCUACCAAGGUUGGGAAUGAGAUGAUGAAGACCAUCCUUGAGAACACAAAAAAAUAGACGGUAUACGCCUGCACUAGGUUAGGGAAUUGGCGUUCUAGAGUUUAUUGCAAAGGCGAAAAUGAAUCGCUCCAUGGCCUUUCAUAAAUCGAUUUCGUACCAACCAAACUUGAUAUUGUGAAUCCUGUUGUAGGUAUGGGCAUGAGAAACCCAGGAGUUUCCAGUCCAACACCAGAGUCGUCCAGCGUUUCGGGAAAGAGCUUUGGCGGCGUGAUCCAUCAUAAUCCGAAGCCCAGUCUUUCUGCUGUUAUCGAAUUUCGCAUGGCCGAGGUUAUCCAGCUCCGUCACUGUUGAACACCAUAUAUGUGCGGGGAAGAAUUCUG